GCCGCCCGCGCCGUCCCAGAGGAAGUCAGGUUACCAUGGCGGCUGCUACAGUGGAUGCAGCUGGUGCUGCUCCACUGUCAGGAUCCAAAGAAAUGAGUUUGGAGGAACCAAAGAAAAUGACAAGAGAGGACUGGAGAAAGAAGAAGGAGCUUGAAGAACAACGGAAACUGGGUAAUGCUCCUGCAGAAGUUGAUGAAGAAGGAAAAGACAUCAACCCUCAUAUUCCUCAGUAUAUAUCUUCAGUGCCAUGGUAUAUUGACCCAUCUAAAAGACCUACUUUGAAGCACCAGAGACCACAACCAGAGAAACAGAAGCAGUACAGCUCAUCCGUAGAAUGGUACAAAAGAGGUGUAAAAGAGAAUUCCAUAACUACCAAAUACCGCAAGGGAGCAUGUGAAAAUUGUGGGGCCAUGACACACCAAAAAAAAGAUUGCUUUGAGAGGCCAAGACGAGUUGGAGCAAAGUUUACAGGGACUAAUAUAGCUCCGGAUGAACAUAUUCAGCCCCAACUGAUGUUCGAUUAUGAUGGAAAGCGGGAUCGGUGGAAUGGCUACAAUCCGGAGGAACACAUGAAAAUUGUAGAAGAAUAUGCCAAAGUGGAUCUGGCAAAGCGAACACUGAAAGCCCAGAAACUCCAAGAAGAAUUAGCCUCAGGAAAGUUAGUGGAACAGGCUAAUUCUCCAAAACACCAGUGGGGAGAAGAGGAACCAAAUUCUCAGACGGAAAAGGACCAUAACAGUGAAGAUGAGGAUGAAGAUAAAUAUGCAGAUGACAUUGACAUGCCAGGACAGAACUUCGACUCUAAGAGACGAAUUACUGUCCGGAAUCUCAGGAUUCGAGAGGACAUUGCAAAAUAUUUGCGGAAUUUAGAUCCAAAUUCUGCUUACUAUGAUCCCAAAACCAGAGCAAUGAGAGAGAAUCCCUAUGCCAAUGCAGGAAAGAAUCCAGAUGAAGUGAGCUAUGCAGGUGAUAACUUUGUUAGAUACACAGGCGAUACCAUUUCAAUGGCUCAGACACAGUUAUUCGCUUGGGAAGCCUAUGACAAAGGAUCCGAAGUGCAUCUACAGGCUGAUCCUACAAAACUAGAACUGUUGUAUAAGUCCUUCAAAGUCAAAAAAGAAGACUUCAAAGAACAACAGAAAGAAAGCAUCCUAGAAAAGUACGGUGGCCAAGAACACCUGGACGCUCCUCCAGCUGAACUACUUUUAGCUCAGACUGAAGACUAUGUAGAAUACUCAAGACAUGGGACAGUCAUCAAAGGGCAGGAACGGGCUGUCGCCUGCUCCAAAUAUGAAGAAGAUGUGAAGAUCCACAAUCACACCCAUAUUUGGGGAUCUUACUGGAAAGAUGGUCGAUGGGGAUACAAAUGUUGUCACUCCUUUUUCAAGUAUUCCUACUGUACUGGAGAGGCUGGGAAAGAGAUUGCUAAUUCAGAGGAAUGUAUCAUAAAUGAUACAACAGAAGAAUCAGUGAAGAAACCUCAAACCCUUAUGGAGAUACAUCAAGAAAAACUAAAAGAAGACAAGAAGAAGAAAAAGAAGAAGAAGAAACAUCGAAAGAGCAGUUCAGAUAGUGAUGAUGAAGAAAAGAAACAUGAAAAACUGAAGAAGGCACUGAAUGCAGAAGAGGCCCGCCUUCUUCACGUCAAGGAGAUCAUGCAGAUUGAUGAGAGGAAGCGGCCUUACAAUAGCAUCUACGAAGCCCGGGAGCCCACUGAAGAAGAAAUGGAGGCAUACAGAAUGAAACGUCAGAGGCCAGAUGACCCUAUGGCCUCCUUCCUAGGACAGUAGUAAAAAAAGUCACAGACUUUACCCAAGAUAAACAGUGGAUAUAUUUUUCUCAGCUUCUUGCUAAAGACUGUAGAUAGAGAAAACUGUGUCCACAUUUUAUGCUGCCUGACUUGAAAUAAUAAACUUU